UCCGUUUAUUGCACAACCAUUAAACAAAACAUCAUCAAAUCUCCUCUCUUUCUCUAUUGUCUUCUAUCAAGAUCACAUCAUUACCACAUCUUUUUCUUCAUCACAUAUUCCAGAUCAGAAACGUUAAUUAUCAAAAAGUGUCGAUCAAUGGGAACGUUCACGAGCUUUCGAAAAGCGUAUGGAGCACUCAAAGACACAACCACCGUUGGUCUCGCUAAGGUCAACAGCGAAUUCAAGGAUUUAGAUAUUGCGAUCGUUAAAGCAACCAAUCAUGUUGAAUCUCCACCAAAAGAACGUCAUGUUCGUAAAAUAUUCUCGGCGACAUCUGUAAUACAACCACGAGCAGAUGUAGCUUAUUGCAUUCAUGCAUUAUCUAAAAGAUUAUCGAAAACUCGCAAUUGGGUUGUUGCAAUGAAGGUGUUAAUAGUAAUUCACAGAACAUUAAGAGAAGGUGAUCCAACAUUCAGAGAAGAGCUUCUAAAUUACUCACAUAGAAGACAUAUACUCAGAAUAUCUAACUUCAAAGACGAUACAAGUCCUCUUGCGUGGGAUUGUUCUGCUUGGGUUAGAACAUACGCGCUCUUUCUUGAAGAGCGGCUUGAAUGUUAUCGGGUUUUAAAGUAUGACAUCGAGGCAGAGCGUUUACCAAAAGCUUCAGGUGCAGCUUCCAAGACGCAUAGAACAAGGAUGUUGUCUGGUGAAGAUCUAUUAGAACAAUUACCCGCGUUACAACAGCUUCUUUACCGGCUUAUCGGAUGUCAGCCUGAAGGAGCAGCUUAUAGCAACUAUCUAAUCCAAUACGCUCUUGCAUUGGUGCUUAAAGAAAGCUUCAAAAUCUAUUGUGCCAUCAAUGAUGGAAUCAUUAAUCUUGUAGACAUGUUCUUUGAGAUGUCAAGACAUGAUGCAGUUAAAGCUCUAAACGUAUACAAACGGGCUGGUCAACAGGCUGAAAAUCUGGCUGAGUUUUAUGAUUACUGCAAAGGGCUAGAGCUAGCUAGGAACUUUCAGUUCCCAACCUUAAGACAGCCUCCUCCUUCGUUUCUCGCGACAAUGGAAGAGUACAUUAAAGAAGCGCCUCAGAGUGGUUCUGUACAGAAAAAACUGGAGUAUCAGGAAAAAGAGGAAGAAGAAGAAGAACAAGAACAACAGCCUGAAGAACCUGCAGAAGAAGAAAACCAAAACGAAAACACCGAAAAUGAUCAGCCGGUUAUCGAAGAAGAGGAAGAAGAGCCUGAAGAGGAGAAAGAAGAGGAAGAAGCUAAACCUUCACCAUUGAUAGACACUGAUGACUUACUGGGAUUGCAUGAAAUAAAUCCAAAAGCCGCAGAGAUUGAGCAAAACAACGCAUUCGCUCUCGCGAUAUAUCCACCAGGACAUGAAACUUCAGGCCCAUCUAAUAGUCUAAGCUUAAUAGAAGCUGGAGGAAGUGGUUGGGAACUUGCACUAGUCACACCACAGAACAACAACAACAACAAUAACAACAAUCCUCGUCCCGCAAUAGCAACAAAACUCGGUGGAGGAUUCGACAAUCUUCUACUAGACAGUCUCUACGAAGACGAUACAGCAAGAAGACAGAUCCAAUUAACAAACGCCGGUUACGGAUUUGGAGCCACCGCUAUACCCGGAGAACCAGCCUUAUCAAACCCAAACCCAUUCGGGAUGCAACAAGAUCCUUUCGCAAUGUCAAACAACAUGGCUCCACCAACCAACGUCCAAAUGGCAAUGCAACAACAACAAAUGAUGAUGAUGAAUAAUCGAAGUCCAUAUAACAACAACUAUUCACCUUAUCAUCAUCAUCAGUUCUCACCAAAUCCUUCAACUUCAUCUCCUAAUCCUUUUGGUGACCCUUUCCUUGCCCUCCCAGCUCCUCCUUCAUCUGCUACUCAGCAACAACACAGUCAUAAUCAUAUGCUUCUCUAGAAUGGUCAUCACAAUGACUUGACCUUUUUUUUUUCUUCUUAAUCUCGAGUUGAUUCAGGUUUAUCAUUAUUCUUUCAUUCUUUUCUAGUAUAAGACUCUUCUACAUUUGUCAGGAUUUUUUCUUUUCUUUUUAUUUUUCCUUAAUUUUAAUACUUAUUUAAGCUUAAUAUACCUUAAUCCUUUGUAUUUUUCCCUCAAUUAAUGUUUUUUUUUUUCAAAUUGAAAAUAACAGAAAUU